CCUCAUCAGCCCCAUUUUCCUUUUCCCAAGGUCUGGAUGUACACACAGCAAUGCCGGAGUAGGGAGUAGCAGGUGGGGAACAACAUAAGCUUCCCGUUCCCAUGGGAAGUGUUCCAUUCAGGGGCUAACUGAACACUCACCUGCUACCUUCCCAUUUUUGCAGAGAAGAAAACCAAGGCUCAAAAAGAGAUUGGGCUAGCCCAGAGUCAGGGGCAGAGGAAAAGGCCAAAUUAGAACCUGCUCUGGCUCCCAGCCUGGCCCACUCUAUUUGCUCUACCUCCGGGUCUCUAGUGCCCACUGGAUGUGGUGGCGAUCUAUGUAUUAAUCUUGUCCCUGCUUCUUCCCAGCCAAAUGACUUUGGACGAAUCAUGUAAAUUCAGCCUCAUUCCAAACACUUUAUGCUAAUUGUUCCACCACCAUGAAAUAUGUGUUAUUAUUGGCUCCAUUUUGAGGAAACAGAGGGUCACGGUAAAGGUACUUACUCAAAGACAUAUGGUUGCUUUAAUGCCAGUUAAAUGGGGUAUCUUAGUAGGCAGCCCUCACAGUGCCCUACAAGCAACUGGUGCUCGGUAUAUGGUCACUAUUACUAUUUCUUAUAAGGAAGUGAGUGACCCUGCAGGUCUCUGGAUGCCCUCCGGGCCCGUGGCCAUCCAGCCUGCCUGCCACAUGACAUGAGCGGUACUAUCUUUAGCCAGGGAGAUAUUUAUAUCCCCGAGGGAAGUUCUGUCCGCUACGGGGGAGCCCGGGAGUCAGUGGCCUCUGAAUCCAGUCCCCAAGCGGCGGCCCCCGCCCCUCCCUCUAGCCAUGCCGCGGGGCCCGGAGGCCACGGUGCAGGUGUGGGUGGGCGGCCAGCUCUUCCAGGCAGAGCAGGACCUGCUAGUGGAGCACUGCGGCUUCUUCCGCGGCCUCUUCCGCUCGGGCAUGCGGGAGGCGCGCGAGGCCGAGGUGCGCCUGGGCACGCUGAGCGCCGACGGCUUCCGCACCACGUUGCAGGUGCUGCGCGGCGAGCGGCCCGUGCUGGCGGAGGCCGACGAGCUGCUGCAGGCGGUGGAGUGCGCUGCCUUCCUGCAGGCGCCGGCGCUGGCGCGCUACCUGGAGCACAGCCUCACAUCAGACAACUGCGCGAUACUGUGCGACGCGGCCGCCGCCUUCGGCCUGCAAGGCGUGUUCCACAACGCCGCGCUCUUCAUCCGCGACGGCGCGCGCGAGCUGGCGGCUGAGCUGGCUCUGCCCGAGGCCCGCGCCUACGUGGCGGCGCUACAGCCCAGCAGCUACGUGGCCGUGAGCACGCACACGCCCGCACCUGGCUUCCUGGAGGACGCGUCGCGCACAGUGUGCUACCUGGACGAGGAGGAGGACGCGUGGCGCACGCUAGCCACUCUGCCCCUGGAGGCCAGCACGCUGCUGGCAGGCGUAGCCACGCUGGGCAACAAGCUCUACAUCGUGGGGGGCGUGCGGGGCGCCAGCAAGGAGGUGGUGGAGCUGGGCUUCUGCUACGAUCCCGACGGCGGCACCUGGCGCGAAUUUCCCAGCCCACAUCAGCCGCGCUACGACACGGCGCUGGCCGGCUUUGAUGGCCGCCUCUACGCGAUCGGCGGCGAAUUCCAGAGGAUGCCCAUGAGCUCCGUGGAGCGCUAUGACCCGGUGGCGGAAUGCUGGAGCUUUGUGGCCGACUUGCCGCAGCCGGCUGCAGGCCCGCCCUGUGCGCAGGCGUGUGGCCGCCUCUUCGUGUGUCUGUGGCGGCCGGCUGCCACCACGGCCGUGGUGGAGUACACAGUGCGGGCAGAUACCUGGCUAUCCGUGGCCGAACUGCGGCGUCCACAGAGCUACGGCCACUGCAUGGUGGCCCACCGCGACAGUCUCUAUGUGGUGCGCAACGGCCCUUCCGACGACUUCCUACACUGCGCCAUCGACUGCCUCAACCUGGCCACGGGCCAGUGGACGGCGCUUCCUGGCCAGUUCGUCAACAGCAAGGGAGCGCUCUUCACGGCCGUGGUGCGCGGCGACACAGUCUACACCGUCAACCGCAUGUUCACGAUGCUCUAUGCCAUCGAGGGCGGCACCUGGAGGCUGCUCAGGGAGAAGGCCGGCUUCCCGCGGCCGGGCUCCUUGCAGACCUUUCUCCUGAGGCUGCCUUCUGGCGCCCCAGGGCCUGUGGCCUCGACAACCCCAGAACUGUGAGCCCUAGAAGCCCAGGGUCACAGUUUGGAGGAGUACCAAGAGACUUCCCUGAGCCGUGGCUGAAUCUGUGAAGCUGGCCUUGGGAGCUGCUGGGAACUUCGCUCUCCAUGGUUUAGCUGUCUGGCUGGGUCUUGUUCCUCUGGUGGUGUGAACAUGUCGGAGAAGCUCAGAGCAACGACGAUACUGGGGCCUGAGCCCUCAAAUUACUUGGGCUCUGCAGAGAGCUGGAACAGCAGCAAGUGAACUGUGCUGGUGGGAGACACAGCUGUCAGCAGACAGGCCACCUCUGAGGAUGCCGAUCCUGGGACUCGUCCCAGCAGGGGAGAGGCCCUCGUGACUCUGCCCCGGCUGGAGCGGGGAUUCUACCCCAGUCACACAAAGACGGGGGCCGUCUGCCUGGCAUCUCACCAGCUAACAGCAGGUAAAGGGGGCCUUGUGGCCACAGGGUCUUGGAGCAGGGUAUAAGCUUCUCAUCCAACCCCUCUUUUUCCAGGCAGGAAAGGGAAGUCAAGGGGGACAAGUAUCUCACCUGGAGACACACUUACUACAAUGCAGCUCAAACCUGCAUCUCUAGAAUCCUCUUCCUGUUACACCGUGCUUCAUCUCUUGUGCUGUCUCCAGGACACCGCAAACACUUCCGAGCACCUCUGCUAGCCACAAGCCGUGCCAGGCACUGGGGACAGAGAGCCAAACCAGGUUUGGUCCUUGCCCCCAGGGCUCACAGUGGCAUGAAGGAGGCAGACCCACUGGCAGUUACAGGAACACAAGGUGAAGAACUCCUGACCACCCUGCCAGGCCCAGCCCAACUGUGUCCCCUCUAGGAGACGCCUGUGCCACCCUGAGGCCGGUCCCUCGGCCUGGCCCGUGCUCCUGCAGCGCGGAGUCUCACCUCUGCCUGGAGGCUGCCCUCCCUGCACCGGAACUGGUGGCUCGUGAGCUUUCUGUCCCCAUGGUGGAGCCCCGGAUGCCUCUCCCUAGAUCGCCCCUCCUCCUUGUGCCCAGCAAGGUUCUGCGGAGGUUCAUGGACUUGCGUCACUGCUGAGGGUAUCAGAGUCUGUGACUAAGCCCUGUCCUGGGGCUGGUCUGUCCUGGGUCCCCGGCCCCCCACGCCCCAGCUUCCAUCCUUCUGCCCUCACCGAGCGCCUAGUUAAUGUCACUGCUCAGCCUGGAAACAUUUUCUUAAUGACAGAAAUAAAUAAAAAAAUAAAACCAGA